AUGUCUAGCCGCAAACUGAAGGUACUUGGGUUCAAGAAGACGUUCAUAGAUUACGAAGACACUACGGAAUACAAGAAUUUCUUCGAAGAAGUGGAUAGCUCUCAUUUCAAAAAGAGAUCUGCUAAGUGGUGGGAAGCAUUGAAAGCUGAAGAAGAAGAGGCGAAGUGGUCUGCCGAUCUGUUCCAGUUCCUCUCAGACAUUGGUGUUAGAGAAAACGCAUCCAAACCUCGUGGUGUCAUAGUAAACGCUGUUCUGGAUGUGCUCAUUAGCAAGAAAUAUGAUAAAAGUGAUCUUGCACAACAAAUGACUGGCGCUCGUUUUCAUGAAAAAGAAGAAGAACGUAUUAUUCAAUCACAAAACAAGCAGAACCCGUUGAACCUUAUCGACUAUUCAUCCGAGGAAUUCGCUGAAAAGGCUAGGAAACUAUGUCAGUUGCUGGGUAUCGUUGAGCACUCCAAUCCCGUUGUGAACUUGAAGGCGGCGUGCAUUUUCAUACGCGACAAUUUGAAUGAAGAUGUUAUCAAAGAGAGGAAUGCUGAGCGCAAAUCUGGAAAAAUACCUAGCACGUUCGAGCUCCGCUCGUUUCCUUUGGAUGUGCCUGAUCAAAAAGAUGGUGCUGUGAACGCUGUAGCGCGGAUUCUCCGAUUGCUCAACAUCGAGGCGCUGAGAGAGACCCAGACAAGCGUGAAUGAAACGCUUGUCGCAAUCCAGAAUUUGACAAUUGAUGAAACCAAGAAACCAGCAACGAAACAAGUCAAAUAUGGGUAUUAG